CUUGCACAGUCUGCCUUCUCCCCACAGGAACGCAAACGCUUGCCCAGAUGGUCUGAGAAUGAACUCAAGUUGCCUUUAGGAAUGGCUGCAAAGCCCACACCUGGAAAUCCCCCCUCCCUGCCCCUCCACGGCAGGUUGCAGCUGGGAGAUUCUCCAGUCAUUAGAGGGAAGAGCCAGGAGUGAGCCAUUCACUCGCUCGCCAGCACUUGCUGGAAAGCAGCAGGAUGGACGUGGUCGACAGUCUUCUCGUGAAUGGGAGCAACAUCACCACCCCCUGUGUCCUCGGGCUGGAAAAUGAGACUCUUUUCUGCCUGGAUCAACCGCAACCUUCAAAAGAGUGGCAGCCUGCCGUGCAGAUCCUCCUGUAUUCCUUCAUAUUCCUUCUCAGCGUGCUGGGGAACACGCUGGUCAUCGCCGUGCUGAUCCGCAACAAGAGGAUGCGCACCGUCACCAACAUCUUCCUGCUGUCCCUGGCCGUCAGCGACCUCAUGCUCUGCCUCUUCUGCAUGCCGUUCAACCUCAUCCCCAACCUGCUCAAGGACUUCAUCUUUGGGAGUGCUGUGUGCAAGACCACCACCUACUUCAUGGGCACCUCCGUGAGUGUUUCCACUUUCAACCUGGUGGCCAUCUCCCUGGAGAGAUACGGCGCCAUCUGCAGACCCUUACAGUCCCGCGUCUGGCAAACAAAGUCCCAUGCUUUGAAGGUCAUCGCUGCCACCUGGUGCCUUUCCUUUACCAUCAUGACUCCGUACCCCAUUUACAGCAACUUGGUGCCUUUUACUAAAAAUAACAACCAGACAGCGAACAUGUGCCGCUUCCUGUUGCCAAGUGAUGCUAUGCAGCAGUCCUGGCAAACAUUCCUGCUACUCAUCCUCUUCCUUAUCCCUGGGAUUGUGAUGGUGGUGGCCUAUGGAUUGAUCUCUCUGGAACUCUACCAAGGAAUAAAAUUUGAUGCUAGCCAGAAGAAAUCUGCUAAAGAGAAGAAGCUGAGCAGCGGCAGCAGUGGCCGAUAUGAGGACAGCGAUGGCUGUUACUUGCAGAAGUCCAGGCACCCGAGGAAGCUGGAGCUUCAGCAGCUGUCCACCAGCAGCAGAGUCAAUCGCAUCAGGAGCAGCGGUUCUGCUGUCAACCUGAUAGCUAAGAAGCGGGUGAUCCGGAUGCUCAUUGUCAUCGUGGUCCUCUUCUUCCUGUGCUGGAUGCCCAUCUUCAGUGCCAACGCCUGGCGGGCAUAUGACACUGUCUCGGCCGAGAAACACCUCUCAGGGACCCCCAUCUCCUUCAUCCUGCUCCUCUCCUACACCUCCUCCUGCGUCAACCCCAUCAUCUACUGCUUCAUGAACAAACGCUUUCGCCUGGGCUUCAUGGCCACCUUCCCUUGUUGCCCCAAUCCUGGUCCCCCAGGGGUGAGAGGAGAGGUGGGGGAGGAGGAGGAUGGGAGGACCGUAGGGGCAUCACUGUCCAGGUACUCCUACAGCCACAUGAGCACCUCUGCUCCAGCUCCUUGAGCUGGUCCACUGCAGCAGGAGGGGGGGCACAGGGAGCAAGGAAGAGAAGGAAAAGAAGGAAGAGGAAGCAAGAGUAAAUGAGAAGGAAGACCCAUUUCUCACAAGGACUCCUCAAUGUCUGCUUUUCAUCCUUGACAAAGUUCCAGAAGGAGGGACUCAAGGCAAGGUCGGGAAAACGCUAAGACAUUUUCCAUACUGUUCAUCGUGGGAGAAGCCUCAGUGGGUCAGGGACAGGAGCUCCACGGAGCUCAUGCUACAAAUAUCACUGCCAAGUCCAUGUUCAAAAUGGAGGUGUAGACCUUGAGGAGCUGUAGAAUUUUCUGGAACCCCCCGGGUGAGGUCUCUCCAGAGUGGCACGCUGCUCUGCUGUUUCUCCUCUUCCUGCAGAGUUCCACUCAGGACCUCCCUCCCCAGGACUCCCAGAUACUUCUCAUGCAUACCACAAAGCCACACUUUUUCAUGGCCACCAAGGGCCUGCGGAGCACACCUCCUCUGGCCACUUCUGAAUAUGGGGGUGGUCUGAUACUUCUUAAGCUUGAGGUCGGUCAGGCACACUCAGAGGUGAAAGAUUAGGCCAUCAUCAGACAAGCAAAAAGAAUGUGUCUAAAAGACGGGCUUUUGAAGUUUUACUUCUACAGGCAAAAAAAGUGUGGAAACGGCUAAAGGGAGUGUUUUCUGUCAGCAUUACAGAAGGGAUGAUCUGUGGUCAACUCUCUGUAUCCUAACACACACGGCUUUUUUUUUUUUUAACCUUAACUCAAUUUCUUAUGUUUACUGUAUAUCCUCCUCUCCAGGAAGACCUUCAGGUAAGAAAGGAGAUAGAUAUACCUGGGCAAGGAUGGGAACAUGGCUAGUCAGGCCCUGAAGAAAACUGACAUGCUGGGACUCGGUUAACAAGGAGCUUUGAAUGGCAAAACUGUGUAUGCUUUUAUGUGCCAUCUGUGUAGCUCUUGGCGUGUGUGUGUGUGUGUGUGUGUGUGUGUGUGUGUGUGUGUAUAAACUAAACAUAUGGCUGCAUUCUCUGCUUGUUAAAAAUUUGUCAGUAGAUGCUGGAAUUCAACAAGUGUUACUGCUCUUCCAUAAAAGUUGGAGUUUCGUAUAAGUUUUGUUUCUUUGCAAAAUUAAGGUUGAAAACGCCCAACUCCGAGAACCCUGUUUAAAAAUAGAAAUAAAUUACACAUUGAGAUACGAGGAAGAACGUUUCUAGAUAGCAUCUACUGACCCAGCCUGCUAACACACUCUCCUUCCCUCCCUCCCUGUCUUUCUCCUUUUCCUUCCUUUUCUUUUUUUUUUUUAACUUGAAUAAUGUUGUCUUGUCUCCUUAAAAGAGUUAGGAUGAACCUUUCCAACAGAAGCAAGUAACGCACGUGCAGAAAGUAACAAAUACGCAAAGAAACAAACCCAAGGAAGGUCCAUUGCUUUGAGCUGUCAAUUAUCCAAGAAGUGGGCCUUCUUAUCCUUUCCACGAGGCCACAACCAUCCCCUGAUCCAGGCCCCACAUUCUUGGUGGUCCCUAAAACUCCUUCCGGAAGAGGAAAACAGGGGAAUAGCAAGGACAGUAAGGCUCCCGGUGUUCUAGAAUUACACAAGAGGUGCGCACAGAGAUUGCCGCACCUAACAGUGUCCUGAGGAGAAACUGCUGAGCACAUAAGGGCCCAUCACGCACGACUGCUCCAUCCAGACUAGCCCUCCCUCAGACGUCAGUCCUGGAGGAGUGGCUGUCACCAGCCUCUCAGUCAACCAUUUCAAAGUCAAAAUGAGAAUUCAAGCUGCUAUGAUAAAAGAUGUAAUAGAAAUGUCUUUGAUACCUCAGUCGGUCUUAUAUACCUUUCCUGCCUGAAUAAAGACUGAGUCAUCCCCUCUGGCCCUCUGACUAUAUUAGGAAAUAAAUGAAGAAAAAGUAAGGACUCCUCCAUUAUUAGGAACCUCUGGAGUUUUUUGAGGCAUAUUAGCCUAAAGACAAGAUUUCAGGAUUUAGUUAAUAAAAAUACAGAUAUGCAGCUAAAGAAUAAUCUCAGAGCGGUGGCUCUCAACAUUCUUAAUGCUGUGACCCUUUAAUACAGUUCCUCAUGCGGUUACCCCCAACCGUAAAAUUAUUUUUGUUGCUAUUUCAUAACUCUAAUUUUACUACUGUUAUGAAUCAUGCUGUGAAUAUAUGCUUUUCUGAUGGUCUUAGGUGACCCUUGUGAAAAGGCAUUCAACUCACAAAGGGGUCGUGACCCACCGGUUGAGAAACACUACUAUAGCUAAUUUUUUAGUCUGAGCGCCUCUGAUACACUAAAAGGCAGCCUAUAUUUUAUCUGCCAGCCCAUUUUGAAAUAUCUUAAGGCAGGUACAAACAUCAACAAGAUUUCCCACAUCCACGGUAGUGAAAUGCUUCUUCUGAUUUAACUCGCUGGGGAGUCUUUCACCUACUGAGAGCUGGGAGGUGAGUGGGGGGCACUAACUUUCAGAGUCUGUGAUGAGCUUUGGGUAGGUCUGAUUGUGCCUUCUUUGCCUCGUGUUAAACAAGAGUACUGAUCUGAACAUGAAUUCAAGUUCAGGGAACAAAUACAUGGGCUGUCUAAUACUGUCUGCUAUCACUUCAGCAGCAUGUUGGAAUUGAUGGUCGUGUCUCAGCUUUUUGUGCUUUGGUAAGCUCUUUGUCACCUUGGUAAGGCCUCCUGGUGAACAAGCAAGCCCUUCAGCCCUCGGGUUUGGUUGCACGUGUCCCUGUAUGCUUAACAGGUGUCGUCUCUCUGCUUAAGCAAAAUGUCAUUUUUAUGAGUCCAGCAAGGAGCGCUGCUGGAUUUCCACUGGACAGACUUCCUGUGUUUUGCCUCAUAACCCACGUACCAGGAAUGUUUAAUAAAUGUUAUG